AUUCAAAAGUUAUUCUUAUUAAUGAAUUACAACUCGUUUAUAAAGCAUUUGUGUAAUGAUUUAUUAGCCGUUAAUGAAGAUAAUACAGCUCUCUUUCAGGCAUGUUGUACUGAGAUACAGCUUUGGCCACUGGGAAGCAUUUCUUUGACCUUUCUUUAGGUGCCGUCCAUUGAACAAUGCUUCACUUUCAUCCUCACAGCUUCUGUCACGCAUGCCUCCAUCAUUCUUGUAUAUUCAUCCUGUCCUUACUUGUUAUGUAAAGCUGAAGGCAGCAGAGAAAAAAAGAAAUUCUUCUGUUAAAACCCCACUGAAGAAACUUAAGACUUUCACAACAUCUGUGUUCGGCAAUGAAGCAACGCUCUUAAAACCGCAAAGCAGGUAUUUGAGUGAAGCUAUCAAUCUGCCGUGGGCUUACGUGGGUUCAGAGGCUUCCAAAGAAAAAAAAAAUCACACUUCUAAGGCUCCUGGGUAAUCACGUGGUCACCAGGUGUCAUCAUCAAACCUGAUGACUCUGCCUGUGCAUGCAGAGAGAGUCCGCACAAAAAGAAAAAAAAAAGGAAAUGAUGCAAAUGGAUUUUUUAGAGUUAAAUGCUUCUCAUUUAAAAAAGAAAAAAAAAAGAGAAAAGAAAUCUGCGGUUUAUUGAUUGGCUGGUAAAAUCCUCUCACCAGUCGGGAGACGGUAUAUAUAAGCCGAGCAAAGAGCUGAAUACACUCAGUUGCACUGAGCACCGAGCUGAGAACAUCAGACGUCACAGCAACAGGAGACGAGAUGUUUACACAAAGACAGACACACCUGGAGAAUGCCCUCCUCUCAGCAGUGGCAGUGCUGCUCCUCCUCCUGACUCCUCCAGGACAGUCUGCGACGCUGAGCGACGAGCUGCAGACCACGGCGGCCCCAACUCUGUCAGGCACCGCUCCGACCACACAGCCCAACAACAGCAGCAUGGAGGAACCUCUGGUCCUGCGCUCACACAAGCCCUGCGGAAGCGAACAUGCGAACUGGUGUGAGAACGGUGGAACGUGCAUGUUCCCCCAAGAUAGUGACAAACCUUCUUGCAUCUGCACGUCCUCAUACACCGGACACCGCUGCAUGUUCGUCAGCGAUCUCACUCACACUCUGCCUGAGUCGGAGCAGCUGAUUGCCAUCAGUUGUGGGGUGGCCAUGCUCAUCUCUGUCCUGGCCGUCAUCAUCUACUGCUGCGCCUGCAAGAGGUGUAAAAAAUCAGCACCACUAAUCAAGUCGGCACCGUCUGAGUCGUCAGUGUGACCCCUACAACUGGCUUUCCAUCAUCAUCAUCAUCAUCAUCAUCAUCAUCAUCAUCAUCAUCACCACCACCAUCAUCUCCUUCAUCAUUAAAGCCAACAUUCUCCGUUCACUGGACAAACAAAGUGUGUCACGUUGAACAGAAUUAGAAACGUAACCGGACCAAAUGUGACUAUUUAUUGUAAUCUAUCAAUUAACUUAUUCAAAGUGUGCCAAUUAUUUAAUUUUUUUGUAAUAAAUAUAUAUAAAAAA